CCAAUCAUAACCUAUCUUCAACUCCAGCCAACACUUCAACGACUUCAACAGUGUUGCCUGUCACCGGGGGGUUUACACGUGUUUUCGUAGUUAAUGUUUUUAUUACAAUUUCAACCCCUGUGCAAAAAGUUUAUUACAAAAUGCCGGUCGAUCAAAAGCGAAUAAACGGUCCUGAUGUGUCGAUACCUUAUAGUAUUUAUGUCGAUUUGAGUAAAAAACAGUCAAAAAAUCAGGGAGAUGCUGUCGAAAGAGAAGAUGGUCGUGCACACGACCAUUUAAGAAAAAUGUUUGUGAAAACAGGAAUAGUAAGCCAAGCUAAAGGAUCAGCAUAUAUAGAAAUGGGAAAAACAAAAGUAGUCUGUUCCGUUUUUGAUCCAAGGGAAACAUCCAACAAAAGCGGUUACAGUAUUCAAGGCAGUCUUUAUUGCGAAUUCAAAUUUGCUACAUUUUCCUGUGUGAGACGGCGAGUGCACCAACACGAUAGUGAAGAAAAAGAAUACAGUCUGAUCAUGCAGAGAGCUUUAGAGCCUGCUGUUUGCAGGCACGAGUUUCCAAAUUUCCAAGUUGACAUAUAUGCCCUGGUUUUGGAUAAUGAUGGAUCGUGUUUAGGCGCUGCUAUCAUGGCAGCUAGUCUGGCUCUUGCAAAUGCCAGUAUUCCUAUGUAUGGAUUGGUCACAGCAGUCACAGUGGGUAUUCAUUCGGAUCAGUUGCUGCUCGAUCCAACGUCGAAAGAAGAAAAACUGUGUCAAUCCAAUGAAUCAGGAAAGGAGCAAGUGAAUCAUGGAAUAAUGAUGCAAGCGACACUUUCUCAGCACAACCAAAUUGCGGAAUUGUAUUUUGCCGGUGAUAUAGAUAAAUCUCUGUUGAAGUCAGCCGUAGAAAUCUCUUCAAAAUCGAGUGAAAAAUGGUGUACGAUACUUCAACAGUGUCUUGUUAAAUCCGUGGUGGAAUCUUUGAAGGAAAAUAAGGAAGAACGAUGAUGAAAAAAUAAAAGUAAUUUUUUAAAAACAUCAAUUUUUUUUACGUCUAUAUACGUGCUUUAAUCCACGUGGGAAACGAAAAAGGCAUUAUGCCAAAACGGCGUAAGCAAAAUAAACUCAUUAUAGCCCA